CACGACGCAAGCCGGGUAGUGUCGUCUUCAACAUUUUCGCUUCGGCACUUGUCAAUAUUUUUUUUCUACGCUUCGCAAUUUUCAGCUAAGCUUUCACAAACGAACUGUUUGGCUUCUCUGCGACGCUUUGGUGGGAGUGUCAAUUUAUUUAUAAUGUAAAGAACUCCAAAUGCUUUUUUCGCUGGAUCGACUAGCUUUAAACACGUGAAACCAUGGCCCGACGUGACACUCUUCAUCGCCCUGCGUUUGGUGAUGACUGCCCGAGAACUUUCGCUCGAUGUGAACACCGUUGCCCCUCCGGCGAUUCUACGGACUUCUCUGUGGAUAAUCUUUCAGUUCAGUGUUGACAUUGCGUCACGUUUGCACGGCGCUGGCUGACGUGGACGUGAAGAAGUGUGCUCGUCGAGAGAUCCCGGGACGAAAAAUGCUGACUUUCAUCUAGAAAGAUUGUCUGCAAUUAACCUGCGGUAUAAUGUUUUUCGUUUCUCCAGUGACUGCUCUACCUGUUCGUGUAGAACGGACAGCGCCUUUUACAGUUACUUAAUCCACCUAUUCCGAACUGAGGACUUUCGACUACGAAAAUAUUCGAGCUGGAAGCACUUCACAGCGUACCGACAUCUCGUCUGCACUACUAUAUCAAAACGCAGCGAGAGGAGGCGUCCACGAGGCGAUCACAAUGAAGCCGUCGACGACGCCGAGACAGAUCCGAUCACCAUCUGAGGCCGGAGGAGCAUGAUCCCACCACAGCCGGCGUCCACCCUGACGCAUACGGACGCUGCCACCAACAUGGCUUCCGCCGACGAAGACGACACGGGUACAUUGGUCGACGAUCCUCUGUUGACGCUGAACGCGUCAGCAGCCGCCGAAAUGCUCCUCCUGGCACUGGGCCCCAAGCGUGAUCCGCUGACCACGGUCAUCCCGAUGACGCUAAUCUACUCCGUCCUGCUCGUCUCCGGAGUGGUCGGCAACGUCUGCACGUGCAUCGUCAUCGCGCGCAACCGGUACAUGCACACGGCGACCAACUACUACCUCUUCAGCUUGGCCGUCUCAGACUUGCUGCUCCUGGUUCUCGGGCUGCCGCAAGAACUGUACCAACUCUGGCAGCGGCACCCUUACGUGUUCGGAGAGGCGUUCUGCGUGCUCCGAGGCCUGACCUCGGAGACCUCGACCAACGCGUCCAUACUGACCAUCACGGCGUUCACGAUCGAGCGCUACGUGGCCAUCUGCCACCCUCUACGGGCGCACACCAUGUCCAAGCUGUCCCGGGCCGUCAAGUUCGUCGUCGCCAUCUGGGUCCUGAGCGCCGUGUGCGCCGUCCCGCUCGCCAUCCAGUUCGGCAUCGUCCACCAGACGCUGGACGGAACCACGGUGCUGCCGGAGACGGCGGCGUGCACAGUCAAGGACCCUCUGGAACACGCCUUCGAACUGUCCACCUUCGUGUUCUUCCUGCUGCCCAUGAGCGUCAUCCUGGUGCUGUACGUUUGCAUAGCGCUGCAGCUGAAGCGCUCCGACGCCCUCUCGCGCCAGGACGUGCACCACAAGUGUCCGACCUCGAACAACAGCACCACCAGCGUUGUCAACGGGAAGGGUGACUCCACCUCCACCACGGGACACAAACAGAGCUCGGCCGUGGUGCAGCCACUACCCAGCAAGCUCCAGAGGGGCUGCCAGCUGAGGAAAUCGGUGCGUGGAGGCGCGGCCGCGUCGUCGUCUCGCAAGGCGGUCAUCAACAUGCUGAUCGCCGUGGUGGUGGCGUUCUUCAUCUGCUGGGCACCGUUCCACGCCCAGCGCCUGAUGGCCGUGUACGCCAAGGUGCCGACGCCGGCGCUCGAGAUCGCCUUCAACCUGCUCACGUACGUCUCGGGCGUCACGUACUACGUGAGCGCCACCAUCAACCCCAUCCUGUACAGCAUCAUGUCGCUCAAGUUCCGCCAGGCCUUCCGGGACACGCUCAUGCGCUGCUGCGGUCGCCACCGCGCCACGCGCCACGUAUGGAACUCAGCGGAGUGCUACGUCUCAAACCACCAGCUUCACACGACACCGUCGACAGUGUGAACACCGAACCCUCGCUGCCAAGUACAGCGCCCUGCUAAUGUCUUUUUCCCCCAAGACUGUGCACUGUGACGGUGGUGCCUGUGGGAAUGGCCUUCGUGAAUAUCUUACAAACAGACAAUGUGGACGUCGCAUUACUUGAACGCGACAACGGCGAGUGUGUUUCGGCUGUCAACGUUCACUCUCUGAACCAAGCAACUGGGAAAAAAACGUGGUGUAACAGUUACUAGAAUGAUGAUAUGUUUACAAUAUUUCGAGGCGGCACUCUAAGAUGAAAGAAUAGCGCGCAUAUAGCAGCCUAGGUUAGGAAAGACUGCAUCUAAAUUCCAGCUCAACAUUGUCCUUGACUAAUGGGUGAACACUGUUACAAAAAUGACGUGUUAAAGGCCAGUGGUAGUAGUUCUCAGCGAGUACUGAAUUUUUAAAACAGGGUACGUUCUGUACGGCAAUCGUGCGCUUACGUGAACAUCGUAAGCAGAAAUCCAAGCCUACCAUUACUGUGACUUGGUCCUGCAGUUGUGGGGCUGUGGACCGGAAGAAGGACCCAGCAGACCUGUAGGCCUGUCCCUGAGACACGACCAAGUUGACACAUUUUGUGUGUUAUCCUAUAUUUGCGAAACCUUUGCAUACUUGUUAUGGUACUCUGCCCUAGCGAUGUGCUACACAUGUGUACUACCUUUCGAUGAACAGUAUUAUACCGACUAAACUGACAGAAGACUGUGGGAAACAUUUGAUAUGUGUUAAUUUAUUUGUGUUAGCGUUCAUUGUUAAGUAUAACACGCUCAAUGCUAACAUCGCUGAAUAGCAUUACCCACUCUGCUCAGGAAGCAUACAUAACACAGUGUUGUUGCGUACCUGUACUGGCUACCGUAAGACUUUUCAAUUACCUCUCUCUCCGUGCAUCAGCCAAAGGAAAUGACCACAGUUUGCACGUAUGAGCAAAUCGCCUUCGCAGCCGUUCUAUGUGCCACGGGAACCUUGUUCGGCUUGCGUGCAGGGCCUAGCCUCACGCUAAAACAGGACGACCUUCUGAGUGUAGGAUCACGGAAAACAAUAAAUACAAGAACAAGGAGGCGAAGUUAUCGCGUCGAAUCUCUCCUCUUGUAAUCACUGCUGUUCUCCACAUACAAACCUAAAGGUGGUGCUGUUAAGCUAAUGAACCAAACAAAACACAAGCUAGCAGUUGAGAUAUUUGUGCUUUAAAACACUCGACUUGGCUUGGCGGAAGCUUGCUUGAUUAUACGAAAGAAAGGUCAUGUCAACUUCUAGAAGAAUAUACGGGAAGGUUCACUUUAAGGCAUUACAUGCGCGCAGAGCGAACGAUCUUACACCUAGCGUAUCGCGUUAUUCGAGCAGAACCUAACUGUAGGUGUUGCGGACGGCCGCUGCUAUCACUGCCGUAAUAUUUCUUGGAAAACACGGCCCAAAGUGAGCAAGGUUACAUCACGUCGAAUCUCCGACGAGUGAUCAAUACCUUUCCGGCGAAUUCAAUGCAUCACAUUUUGUCACGAGCAGCGCAGCAUCAGCAAUCAUAGGCGUGCGCAGGGUUCCAAAAUUAUGGAGAGGAGGGGGGGGGGGGAACGUUCUUUGGCCGCCCCCUUUGGUGGAGUCCAAAAGACAGCAUGCUUCAAAAUGUAUGAAAAAAGUGAGAAUGAAACGCUGACGUGCAUCUCACUGUGGCGUGCCUUUGGUCCCUGGCACUGCUGGAGUAAACACGGAAUGUGAACACUUUUUGCUCUGCAACAUCAGGGGCCUCAGGCUGCCAUUAUCGUCAAAAAUCUGCAUGGCCACAACCCUGUUCUUUAAAGAAUGAAGGGGCAGGUCAUACUGUGUAACGGUAUGGGGCAGGCUUUGCACCUCCCUCAGGUGAUUAGAGGGGCAGACCCCUCCCCCCACCCCCGGAAGCACGCUUAUGUCAGUAAUGGAUGCCUGAACGAGGAACUCGCUCAGGUGGUAUUAAACGGAACAUACGUAUAGUGGUGCCUGCUUUGGUUGCAAUAUCUUUUCCGGUAAUGUUGCCUAGACCAAGGUUUUGAUGGUGCCUCAGUUGUAUAACUAUCCGCGCCCGACUUCAAAGCACUCAAUAACGGUACCUGAUAUGGCUGCCUGAUAGCCUUCUUGAGCGGUGGCACUGGCUUUCUACAACGCAUUUUCUUUUGAUUUUGUCACCAUCAAGACCGAGCAAUCGCAGCCCCAAACGUGCGCCUAAAACGGAUGCCCUGCCCACAUUAUCUGUUCGAUGAUAUAAGAUCGAAAAGCCCUGCGAGGGAAUCAAGAUAAUUUUUCUCUCUGACACAGCGCGAGCAUGUGUUAACAUGAAAGCAACCGUUUGGACGAACGGUAAGCAACGGAGCUAUUGUUUUCAAAUGCAACCCUUGAACACCAACCGUCAAACGGCCAUUUUUAUUCUAACUGAUCGGGUACUUUUUAAUUGAGACAGCUUUUUCUAUGCCCAUGAUUUUCUAGUUUGUCAUCUUGAGGUAUUUUGAAAAAGAAAUAGCGUAAUCGUAUCAGCACUAUCUGCUUUAUCUCUAAAUGGCCGUUAGGACGACGAAAAGUAAAGUAUAGAUGUGAUAUCACAUAGAGAUAAGUUAGGAUUACAUCAAAUAGAUAUUCCAUGCGUGUUCUUUGUGUGCGUGAAAAUUCAUUACACUCCGAAAGAACCAUAAAUAACUUGGACGCACUACUGGCACACUACGAAUGAAUGUCAUUAAAAGUACGAGCACUCGUUAUUUGCAAGUGUAUGCUACCACUGCUUCAAUUUCAUAAAGCAUGUCAGAAGAUCCCAGACUGAAAACUUCAAUAAAAUCGCCCUGCCUUUGGGCUGUAUCAAUGGCAGCAUAUUUUUUUCGUAGUGCAACCUAUUUGGGUAGAACCCAGUUUUUCUCAAAGAGAGCGAAGGCUUGGCCACACUUUUUUCUAAAAUAACAGCUUGUAAAAACACAGUGUUCAUUCCUAAUCGUACGCUCGUCCUAACUUUCAUCCUCAUUUCUAUGGUUGCGAAGUACUUCAGCUAGAAAUACUGACUCGGGCGCUCUUGGCUGGUACAGACAAAAAAAAAGGUUUCAUAUUUCAUACCGGGUAAAGAAAUGCAUUCUUAUGUCCUCAGGCGUUCUUACCUGUCAUUUUCUUCUCUUGACACGAAUGAAAUCCGCCUGACAACUUUUUCAGCCUUCCCAUUUCAAAUCACUUCCCUUUUCCCGUGUUUCCUUCAUCAAGGGCAGAGAUGGAGGAAUAGGGAGGGGGAGGGGUUGAAUAGACAAGAAAACACAGUGCCAAGAAGUACGGUUCGGGCUGCUCUCACUUCAACUAUACUUAUGUGACUGCAACGCUUAAAAGUCUUUCUUCAAUAUAAAUUGCUUUUCAGUAGCGUAGCUCAGUAUCAGGCCUAUAUACAGGAUUCUACGACGUGAAAAGAAAAAAGCCCCAUUUGUUUCGUAUGAGUUGAGGUUGUGGUACUGUUACUGUUUUUAUUAACACGUCAGUGACAAGCGCUAUGAGUCUGUUUAUUGAAGUCUCUGAGAGACAAUUUCCUGUAGGCAUGACGUCCAGGUUCAGAGCGAAUAAAGUUUGUUUUGGCAAAACCAUGUCUCACUGGACUACUUGCGACAGUCUACAAAUGUCACGUCAAACUCUUCGCAUCGUAAAGGAAAGGUACGUUUGUUGCUUACCGUGCCUUUAGUUUAAGAAUCUGGAGUAAUAGUUUUCAUUAGCAGUCGUAGAGUGAUAGUCCACUGUUGCUUGGUUUCAAAGA